AUUUCUCGGUGUCUGAGAAAUUCAUAUCUACUACAUGGCUCAAGAAUCUAGUAGCAUUCAAAAUUUCUGCUCUCUUUCAAAUUAGGAUACCAACAAAUUGAGUGAGGAGCACAUCUUACUAAAUCGUUUAUCAAUUUAUUCACCUUCCUAAUCUCAAGCUUCUUCAUGUUUGAAUUAAAACACCUUGGAGUACACAAACAAAAAUGAUGGAUGUGGGAAAGAUUGGCUUAACUGCAUCACCAACUUACAAGCUCCUUAUAGCAUCCAUAUAUAUAACCUUCAUUGUUAAGAAUCUGAGGUUCAACUUCAUCACCAAUAACAUGGUCGAGGACAUAACUUCAAGAGACAGCAAACAGUUUCAUAUUAAUCUUUUGGGGUGCAGGAAUUUGACAUUCUACAACGUUGCAAUUAGUGCACCAAAAGACAGCCUUAACACAGAUGGAAUUCACAUUGGACGUUCCUCAGGGAUCGAUAUCACCGAUUCAGCCAUAGAAACCGGAGAUGAUUGUGUCUCAAUUAGUGAUGGCAGUGGGCAAAUUAAUAUCCAAAGAAUAACCUGUGGACUUGGCCAUGGCAUCUGUGUGGGAAGUCUAGGAAAGUACCCCGAUGAAGAAUCUAUGGUUGGCAUUAGUGUCAAGAACUGCACCUUCAUCAACACCCAGAAUGGCGUCAGAGUGAAGACAUGGCCUGCUUCUCAUCAAGACACUACCUCUGAAAUGCAUCUUGAAGAUAUUGUCAUGAAUAAUGUUGGCAAUCCCAUAAUCAUAGAUCAAAAGUAUUGCCCCCAUAACCAAUGCAACUUAAAGAGUCUAUCACGCAUUAAGCUCAGCAAUGUUAGCUUCAGAAACAUCCAGGGCACUACCUCAACUCAGGUUGCUGUCAAGCUUGUUUGUAGCCAAGGAGUACCAUGCCAAGACGUUGAGCUUGGUGACAACAACGGAAAUGAAGGCCUUGCCAUGUCACAAUGCAAGAACAUUAAGCCAAAUCUACUGGACAAGCAACUGCCAAGGACUUGUGCCUAAGAUGCUUAAUCUUCUUCCAAAGUCUGAACAAAUUGUACUGCUUCUAUUAUAUAGCUACCUCUUCAUGCUCACGCGUCUGCUAUUUUAUUGGUGAAUAAACUACAAUGAACAAACAAUGAUACGAUACUCGGCUAUUAUGGAAGGUAUGUGCAGUUUGAUCCCAUAAGAAAAAACAAAUGUCUAUUUAGUCUUUUGCUGCUAUAGUACAAAUUGAAGCUCCAAAGAAUAAUGUUAAUGUAAAUUAUUUAAUGUUAAUGCAGUUUGGAUGAGAAAAUGCAGUCAAGUGAAUAAAAAUU